AACCCAUCUUAUCCCCCUUUUUUUUCUCUAAAACAUGACUAUUCGCUUUGAACAUGAGCCCACCGAUGGUGAGACUUUCCAAUACCAAAACCAAUUGCCAAAACUCCCUAUUCCCAACCUUCAAGACACUGCAAAGCGCUAUCUUGCUGCAUUAAAACCCUUGCAGUCUGCACAAGAACAUGAAGCCUCAAAGAAGUCUGUUCAAGAAUUUUUGGAUAAGGAAGGCCCUGUCCUUCAAGAAAAGCUCAAGACUUAUGCUACUGACAAGUCCUCCUAUAUUGAAGAAUUCUGGUACGACUCUUAUCUCCAUUAUACCGAUCCCGUAGUUUUAAACUUGAACCCAUUCUUCUUGCUGGAAGAUGACCCAACCCCACUCCGUAACGAUCAAGUAAUCCGCGCUUCUUCAUUGAUCUAUUCUACGCUUACGUUCGUACACGCACUCAAGACCAAACGACUUGAACCUGACGUAUUCCGUGGUAUUCCACUUUGUAUGUCUCAGUUCAGUCGAUUAUUUGCUACCGCUCGUGUGCCUACCGAAAACGGUUGUUAUAUUGCUCCCAACAAUGAGAUUGUAGGUAGACAUAUUGCGGUCAUGUCUCACUCCCAAUUUUAUCACUUUGAAGUAUUUGAUGAAUCCGGUGAUUUUGUGCUCUCUGAAAAGGAAAUCGCGGCUAAUUUACGUGCCAUCUUGAGAGACUCUGCCCAAACUCCUGUGACCGAAAUUGCCAAAAAUGCCGUUGGCAUCUUAACUACUGAAAACCGUCGUAACUGGGCUAAAUUAAGAACACAAUUGAAAAGUGACCCUGUAAAUCGUGAGGCACUUAAAGUCGUAGAUGCCGCUCUAUUCAUCGUCUGUCUCGAUCAUGUAAAGCCCACUUCCUCUGAAGAUUUGAGUAACAAUAUGUUGUGUGGAACUUAUAAUUUGGAGCAAGGCAUGCAGGUGGGAACGUGUACCAAUAGAUGGUACGAUAAGCUUCAAAUUAUUGUUUGUCAAAACGGUAGCGCUGGUAUUAAUUUUGAGCACACAGGUGUCGAUGGCCACACUGUAUUACGUUACGUGUCUGAUAUAUACACUGAUACCAUUUUACGUUUCGCAAAGACCAUCAAUAGUCAGACUCAAUCCAUCUUUCACAACUAUCGUCAAAGAAGUGAUAGUCAAUCCGGAACUCGUCACCGUGCUUCUUCCACUGAAAGUUCUACGGGCUAUUUUGAUCAUAAUCCACGAAAGAUCGAAUGGAAUAUGACUGAAGAGGUGGAGUUGGGUGUACGUUUUGCCGAAACAAGACUCUCGGAUUUGAUCUUGCAAAAUGAAAUUAAGGUGCUCGAGUUUCACGACUACGGCAAGAACUUUAUUACAGAUAUGAAGAUGUCACCUGAUGCUUUUGUUCAAAUGGCUAUUCAAGCUGCUUAUUAUGGUCUCUAUGGUAAAUGCGAGUCGACCUAUGAACCUGCCAUGACAAAGACUUUCUUACACGGUCGUACGGAAGCUAUUCGUUCUGUCACAUCUGAGUCUUUGAAAUUCGUUGAAAGCUUCUUCUCUACAAAGGCUGCUGCUUCUGAAAAAUUGGAUUCCCUUAGAGCCGCCUUAAAGGGACAUACAAACAUUACUCGUGAAUGCUCCAAAGGUCAAGGCCAAGAUCGUCAUCUAUACGCUCUUGAAUGUGUCUGGGAUAGACUUCACAAAGACGAGAAAAAGCCUCAAAUUUUUGUUGAUGCUGGUUGGAGUACAUUGAAUAACACCGUUAUUAGUACGUCUAACUGUGGUAACCCUGCACUUCGUUUGUUUGGUUUCGGCCCGGUUGUUUCCAAUGGUUUCGGUAUUGGUUACAUCAUCAAAGAAGACCGCAUUUCAUUUGUGGCAUCUUCCAAACAUCGUCAAACAGAACGCUUUUUGCAAACUUUAAAGAAAUACUUGCUUGAUGUCAAGGCCAUGUUGUUGAAAGAGAAAUACCCUGGCGGUGUAUCUCAGCGUCAACGUAUGCUUGCUUUGGAAGAACAAGAAUAUCAAGCUCAAAUUGACGGCUAUAGCUACUUUGACAAUGGAUACGAACCUGCUCUUAGUGAUCAUACCUUAUCUGAUAGUGGUGCUGGUUCAUCACCCAGUGAUCGCUCCGUCAGAAGCAGCAAUCGAAAGAUUGGUAAACGUUUAGUGAUUCGUGAGAGUGAUGAUUAAAUAAAUAUUCCUUUUUUCCUUUUUUUUUUAUUUUAUACAUUUUAUCGAAUUU